AUGCAUGCAUGGUGCACGCAUGCCACAAUUCUGAUUACGUCAUGUUGUGGACCACGCUUAAAGAAGUUGUUUUACGUUAUAUUCUGUUGUAUUAACUUGCCGUUUGCAACGAAAUCAUGCCUCCCAAGCGAGCUUUUCGACAGCCAAAAACUGAAGAAGAAGCUAAUCUGGAAAAUUCCAUUCCUCCUUCGGACACAGUAUAACACAAAAUGGGCGUGUAAGAUAUUCCGAGAGUGGCAAUAUGCUAGGGCAAAUAAGGAUGCGAAGUUAGAAGCAACGGAAUUUCUAGUCAAUGUGGAGCAAGUUCAAAGCUUGGAGACGUCUAUGGAAACCAUGACCUGUUGGUCGUUAAAUGUUUGGUUAACUAAGUUCGUCGAAGAGGUAUGUAAAGCAAGUGGAGAGCGUUACCCGCCUCAAACGCUGUACAGUAUAUGUGCUGGAUUACAACGCCACUUGGAAGACGUUAAUGGCGGUGAUGCAAUACAACUUUUAAGCAAGAACGAAAUGAGGUAUUUUGUAGUAUUUUGUUGUAGAGUUUUGCGGUAAUUGCACACCACAUUGCCACUUUUCGCACAUAAAUAGGCUAAGCAAUUUUUUAACUGCUUUAGACUACACAUGUUUCGACGGGCAUUAGACUCUGGAAUGAAACAGGCCAGUGCUGAUGGUCUAACAAAUAUGACGAAGAAACCUGAUAAAGAAGGGGAUAACAGAAGAAGAGGAAAAUACUUUUUGGGAUAA